AUGAAGGACACAGAAAAGGCUACUCAAGAUAAAGUAUGGUUCGUUGGAAGCACUUCUUUUUGUUGCAGAGACAGACAAUCAGCGUUUAUAUGGAGAAGACGAUGUACAAUUACUGCUACCUUAAUGCUCACAGGACUUAUUAUUGCCAUUAUUGUUGUAAUGGUGGCAAAGCCUAGUCUUUUUGGGUUACGUUCCAGCUCAUUAAGUGGUGAAGUAUCAGCCAGUCCCAGUGAUCAAAAAGUACACGGUGUGCCUAUAGCAAAUUCAAGCGAUUGGAGUGACACAGUGGCGGGUAUUUCAAUUGGCAAAGAAUCUCCUUCUGAAGAUGACUCUGAGUAUAGAGGAAAAAGACAAAGAACAGCAAGAGCAUGUGAUAUAUGUAGAAGCAAAAAAGCAAAAUGUGAUGCUGAUAUGAGACAACCGUGCACUAAUUGCUUACAGCGUGGCAAAGAUUGUUCAUUCAGCGAAGCUUCAAGGAAAAGAGGUCCUCAAAAAGGGUACAUUGAAAGUCUAGAGAGCAGAUUGCGAGCCAUGGAGGACCUACUUCAAGACAUUGUAGAAAACUCACGUAAUCCAGUACAUGAGAAUCAAGACAACGUUUUGCAUAGACCAAAGGGCAAAAUCGUAAGAUAUCACGGAAGUUCCGCUGGAUACCAUCUUGUAGGUAAUCUUUUCUCUUCGACAAGUGCAGAUAAUCAAGAAGAAGGCGCCAUGCCUAUCACAGAUACUAGAGAUGAACAAUCCAAAGUAUUUCAUAUACCUUUUCUUUACAAAAAGGGUGCAUUUCGCUUAAAAGCUGUGGGGACUAACAAUGAUGAAUUUGUGGUUGUAAGAGAUACAACAGAAGAUGAAGAAGCCGAACGGUUAGAGGCAGAUGGUCAAGAGAUUGUGGACGCCUUUAUACCAAGAUCGCUCAUAUCUAGUCUUAUAUACAUGUACCCAAGCUUACUUGAAAGGCUAUUUUAUGGGAUAGAUAAAGAUGAUUUUAUGACGAUGUUUGAAGGCAAAGGCCUUCACUCAUUGGCACCUCUUUUGAUAUACGCCAUAUGUACCUUUUCUUGCUCUCUGGUAAGCUCAGAUGAUCCUAUGUUUAGAGAAGCCGGUUUAGAACGUGACGAGCUGUAUCGUUUAUUGAACGAUCGUGCAACUGCAUUAGUUCGUCGAGGAUACUUAUUGCCUCGAGAAUCUACUAUUCAAGCACUCGUAUUAUUUGCUAGUCAUCCAAAUUAUGCCAGUACUUCGCAUAACAGUUGGAUCAAGGCGGGCAUGGCUGCCCAGGACUUGGGGCUUCAUCGCACAGUAAAUACGGCCAAUGCUCUAGAAUCUAUAAAAAAAAGAAAAAGGCUGUGGUACAGUGUCUACGUUACUGAUAGAUGGUGCAGUGCCAUCAUGGGACGACCCUUGGCCAUUGUAGAUUCGGAGUGCGACGUUGAUUUAAAGGUGACUGAUGUUCUUUGGCCAGGAGAGGACUUGAGUAUUUUUAUAUAUUUUAUGAAGCUUUCCAGAAUUCUUGGAGAAGUUUUACGACGCGUAUAUUUAACAAAAACUACAGCAAGUGAAUAUAGAACGAUGGCGAUGGAACAAACUGUAUGGAGCUUGCAGAUGAUGCUAGAAGAAUGGUAUUUCAGCGUUCCUGAUGAUUGUAAAAUUACGGAGGUAGAUUUAAUGCAGUUAUCCGUAAACCCUCGGCUCUAUGCGGGUUUAAAAAAGAUUACAUACGGUGGGCCCUUGACGCUGUGCUAUUAUGCUGUCACUAUUUUGUUACACAGACGUUUCCUUUCUGUUGAAGAGGCUGGGAUGCCAUUUGUAACAAAAAGCGCAGCUAUUUGUAUCAAGGCAGCAAAACUUGGCAUUGAUGUCGCUCAAAAAAUACCAAGCAAAUCAAUGAUUUCGUUUGGAUGGAACUUUACAUGUUACUCUGUGUUUGUAGCAGCCUUGAUACAUGCUUACAAUACUAAAAGCAACAACCCAAAAAUCGCAGAUGAAGCAAAAAAGUACCUUCGCAUGGCUACGGAUGAUGUUCUUGAACCAAUGGUUCGUGAUGUACCUUCUAAACCACCUGUAGUUGAUUUUCUUCGUACCAUACCGAGUCUAUUUGGCGAUGCUCCAGCACAGCCAGUUCACUUUAUGCAACAAGAGACAAAACCAGUGACACCUAUGAGCGUUCAGCAUAUACUUUCUGAACAAGCUGAGCAAAGGGAUACUACUGCGACACCAAGCCUGUCGGAAAAACAAUCGUGGUUACUGAAUUCAUCUGAGGAAAUAUGUUGGCAGGACUUAUUUUCUACCAUUGGUAAUACCUUUUCAGACGAUACUACAGGUGGAGGUUUUGGAUUUGAAGGCUUUGCAAUGAAUGAUUAUAUAUAA